GCCCUUUCCCCUCUUACUCCGGAACCUUUUCCAAGGUGCACCAUUACCGACGGAAGUAGACUCGGCGGAAGCCCCGCAAACUUGAUAUAGCGGAAGUGUUCUUUCUCUUCCGUUCUCUUUGGUCCCGGCGGCAGGAGGAAGAUGACGAAGGGAACGUCUUCGUUUGGUAAGCGCCGGAAUAAGACGCACACUUUGUGCCGUCGCUGUGGCUCUAAGGCGUACCAUCUUCAGAAGUCAACCUGCGGUAAAUGCGGGUAUCCUGCCAAACGCAAGAGAAAGUAUAAUUGGAGUGCAAAGGCUAAGCGACGCAACACUACUGGUACUGGUCGAAUGAGGCACCUAAAAAUUGUCUACCGCCGAUUCAGGAAUGGAUUCCGUGAAGGAACAACACCUAAACCCAAGAGAGCAGCUGUUGCAGCAUCUAGUUCAUCUUGAGGAGUCAACUGUUUGUUAAAAUAAAUGCCCUGAAUCAAAAAAGUAAUUGUGGUCAGUUUCAUUUGAUCCAUUGAGUACUUUAGUCAAAUUAUUGGGGUUUGUAUACUUUAGGUUUUAGCUUGUGAAUGUUUAAUAAUAUGGUCUCAUCUUAGAUCAUUUUGCUUUUUGGUAACUAUUCUCUGGCCUUUUGUGACUUAUGAUAUGAGAAUUUAGAGUGUUAGGGCAUGAAGACAUUGAAUCUGCCACUGCACUUGCCUCUCCCCUGCCUGCACUCUACCCCUCCCCCCAUAGACAUAUUUUAGCUGUCUAACCAUGGGCACUUGCCCUUUUAAAUAUUUUAUAAAUAUCAGACUGAGUGAUAGGGCUCCUUUUUUGUGCUGUUUAGGGAAGCAAUUUGUUAUCUGAAAAGGAGCCAGAGGUGUCUUCCGAAGUUCUUAAAUUACCUUGGAUUGUGUUGGUAACACUUAAAUUGGGAAGGGCUGACAAGGCACAGUGGAAAGUGCUACGUUUGAAAUUAGGGUAUCUGGGUUUUUAUUCCAGCUCUGCUAGCUAUUUCCUCUUUUCAUUUUGUACAGAAUACCACUCAAGCAUGUUGGUUGUCCAUCUGUAACUCCAGGCUCUUAUUACAUAUACAUUGUACAUAGAUAUAUGUGGAUGUUGUGGGGUGUCAACCUUGUUUCAUAUAAAUGGCUUCUAUAUUUAGAAUGUAUUUGGAAAACUUUACAAAAUUUAUUUUAUCAAAUGGAAACUUCUGUGUCAAUGGAAUUUUAGAUAUUAGAAUGGGAUUUCUUGUAUUUUAGGGGAAGGGGCACUUGGAACCUUUUGGAAAGAUAGAAUACACAGAAAAAAUAUAUAAAAGAUGGAGGGAUCUCUCUAGGAGCUGAGGCACUCGGUAAAAAGUUCUUGAAGGAAGUAGCCAUUUGAGUGGUUUUGAAGAACACUGGAAUAAUGAACUUGAAGAGAAUAACUGAUCAACAUAAUGAUUACAACCCAAAAGUGCUAACAUGGUAGCACCUACCUCCACAUGAAGAACUGAUACAUACAGGAAGGAUGUUUUAUGGGGGGAUGGCUAACACCAGACUUUGUUUUACAUGACUAUAAGAUUUGUAAUAGGUUUUGUCUGUCUUGUUUUCUUGGAGGAGGGGAUAAUUCAGAAUCAAAAGUUUAAAAAUUAAGGAAACAGCUUCUGAGAUAAAUAUUUGUGUAUGUAUGGUUUUCUUUAUAAAGAUAGGGAUAGUAUGCCUAUUGGCAUAUAUGUGUGCUACCUAUCUCUCAUCAAAUGAGAUUAAGAUAGGGUGCCCCAAAAGCCUUAAUACAGUUAUAAGUAUAUGUAAUGUACAUUGUCAACUUUGUAUAUGUAAAAUGCUUAAUUUUAAAUAAAUGUCAACUGUUUCCUUUGUA